AUGGACCUAGCCGAUUUUAAGUCGCUGAGGCGCUGGGGCGACCUCCCUCGAAGGUUCUCACAUCUAUCUCGCAUGGCAUAUAUGGUAUUUCUGGCAGUUACUGGUUUAUUUUUGGUUACUUUGUCGUGGGUAUUUUUACAACCGCCAGCGGUGGUUUCGACCUCAUCCUCCUCCUCCCUCGAACAUGCGGCCGGAAAGGCACCUGCAGCUACGCCCACGAUUGCUUAUGACCCCACUCCCACACCUGAACUUUCAUCCGUGACGAUUCAUCAUUCCGACGAGGGCACCAGCCAUGUCGACCACUCUGCGACGCCGCUGGUAAAGCCCGAUGGAAUGCGUAUCGUUGGCGUUAUAUUUUAUGGCCGUCGCGAUCGCGCGUCGUUGCUCGAAUGUUAUUUGCGCAAAAAUCUGGUAUCGUAUGGUGGUUGGCUGGACGAGGUGAUCUGGGCUGCUAACACCGAAGAUACCGACGAUUUGACCUACGGAGAACACAUUGCGGGGACACAAAAUGAGUAUACGUUUUUGCCCAUUAGGAACGAAAACGGAGGUGAUGGAUACAUGAACAUCUAUCGUCAUGCCUUCACGGAACCCGAUACGAUAUAUGUCAAGAUGGAUGACGAUGUUGUUUUUAUCGACCAAAGUGCUAUCCCGCGGGUAGUCAUGACAUUGGUAAACAACCCACGAGCGCUGUUGGUGUCGUCCAACGUGGUCAACAAUCCGGCUCUUGGUUGGGUGCAUUACCACAUGGGUGCCGUGCAUCCAUACGUACCCGAAGUGAGACCAAAUGGGGACAAUCUCGCCUCCAAACAAAACGGCAUCUGGCGUGCUUCAGAGCUCCCUUCAUGGUCGGGAGCUGAGUGGGAGAUGCCUGAACUGGAUCAUUUCUAUUCCCUGUUCGGCGUCAACGACAGAACAAACGUGCCCUUGCAUCGUUGGAUACCGACACGAAAUUUGAGUCUGUUAUAUAAGACACCCGUCGCCAAAUCAGAGUAUAAUGCGUUUGGCAACAAUCUUCACUUCUGGCCUCUUGCUGCACAGGCACAUUACUCCUUGUUGCAGAAUAUUGAAGACAGAAGGCUAGGGCGGUACUUUAUGGUCCACGGAAGUGACGAAGAAGCAGUCAGCACAUGGGACAUGAAUGGCAGUCGCAUCAGCAUCAAUUUCAUGGUUAUCAAGGGAAAGGACAUCAUUGAUAACCUGUCGAAUUUGCAGCCAGAUGAUGAGCAGAGGCUCACUGUGGAUCUACCCACAAUGUUGAAUCGAGCUGUCUUGGUCGAGACCACCUCGGUCGUAUCCCAUUUCUCUUUUGGACCUCAAAAAAAUCUUGCCAAAACCGAUAUUCUCGCUCGGUAUCACAACUAUGCAAACCAGAAUAUCUGCCCCAAUGCCAUCUUGGAGCCGGAAAUUCUUCUUACAACUGACAAGAUGCCUGACGUUGACGCUUAA